GUUUGUAGACAUUCAAAUUAGGGACAUUUGGGAGCGUUGUGGGUUGGCACAGCGGAUUACACGGGAAUUAGCUGGCCAAUAGUCAGGUAACGCUGUGGCCAGUGGUGAGACAGGGUGGCGUCCCAAUCCGAGCAAACACUGUCGUGAGCAUAAUGGAGAGCAAGCAGAGCCAGGUGCUGAACCUUGAUCGAGUGCAUGCCCUGGAGACAUGGCUGGACAAAACCAAUACAAAACUGACUCAGGUUAAUGGCCAAAGGAAAUAUGGAGGACCACCUGAGGUAUGGGACGGCCCUAUCCCAGGAGUCCGCUGUGAGAUAUACAUCAGUCAGAUCCCACGGGACACCUACGAGGACCUGCUGAUCCCGCUGUUCAGUUCAGUGGGUCCACUCUGGGAGUUCAGGCUCAUGAUGAACUUCAGUGGACAGAACCGUGGUUUUGCCUAUGCCAAAUACGGCUCAGCAACUGUAGCUAACAAUGCAAUCCGCCUGCUGAAUGGCCACAUGCUGGAGCCUGGCCUCCGCCUCAGUGUUCGCCGCAGUACAGAGAAGAGACACCUCUGUAUUGGAGACUUGCCAGCUGCCACCAGGCCAGACCAACUAUUGCAGGUGCUGUGUCUAAUUGCAGAAGGGGUGGAGAGAGUGUCUCUGAAGGCUGGACCUGGUAUAGAGGGGGUGUCAGCUGUAGUAGCCUUCUCAUCCCACUAUGCUGCUUCUAUGGCCAAGAAGAUUCUUGUAGAAGCUUUCAGGAAGAAACAUGCAAUGAACAUCUCUGUAAAGUGGCAGUCAUCAGAGAAGUCAAGCCUGGAUGAGCCUCUGGUUCCACCAAAACCAUCAAAGUGCCUCAUACCGUCACCCUCGAAGCCACCACGGCACAUCCUGCAUUCCUCGUUCCUACCUCCUCGCCUGGCCCACCCUCCAUCCAUCCCCCCAGGUUUUUCCAGAGCAGUAGGUGAACCCAGAGCCACACGCCACCCUGACUCUCUCUGCUCCUCCACCUCCUCCCAGGUGUCUGCAACAUACCCGGUGAUGCGCUUGCUUAAGCUGUGUGAGGCAACUGGGCUCGGUCAGCCACUGUAUGAGGUGUCCUACAGCCACGCUGGGCCAGAUGGAUUUGUGUACUUCACAUACAUGGUGUGUAUCCCUGGGAUAACCAUGCCCUUAAAGGGGUUUGUCACGGUCUUGCCUGGACCCACUUCCAUCACCAUGUUGGAGGAAGCUCAGCAGGCUGCAGCCCAGCAGGUCCUGCGGAUGCUUUUCCAUGACCAGCUCACCCGCUGAGGACCUCUUCAGAUAAAAGGCAGCUUCUGCCAGCAGCGUUUUGUCAACAUCUUCUAUGUAAAGUAAAUGAAUGUAAAAGAAAAAAAAGGUUCUUAUAUGUAGUUUAUUUGCUUGUAUUGUAGUAGUAGACUGUCUUGUUUGAAAUUUGCACUUUUUUAUGCAUGCGCUUUGUGUGUUGUUGUUGGAGUGGUUCCUUGUUUUAAUUAAAUUGUUUGAAAAGA